UCGCGCUUUUUCGCAAAGGAUAUUUUUGUCUUUUUCUUCAUGCCGUAGCGUAGGAGUAACUAGGAAGUGUGUCAGUUGGUAACUAAGGAAAACGGCGGUUAUUAGCCAGACUCGGUGAAAGGGUUUCGACCCAUGGCUCUGCCGACAUUAUCCCGUGCACCCAGCCGGUCCUGGGUCCUUGCCGACCAGCUGGCCCGACAGCGGGAGCAGGAGGUUCGAUGGCGGCAGCAGUGGGAGCUUCAUGCUCAGUACUUCAGAGAGCAGAGAGUCCGCAGCCAGACACACGCUGCGUGGAGCUCCCAACGCUCCUACAAGCAGAGUAUGUCAGCAUACCAUAACCAAAAACUGAGGGAGGAAAAGAAGGCCAGCCUGGAGCAGCGUAGGAAUCGGCUCAGGGCCAUGCUGCAAGAGGAGCGAAACCAGCUGGAGGCAGAGCUCCAGAAAGUAGUCCCUGACAGGAGCACACUUACGGGUCAGUUGGUUCAGAAAACUGAUGAGCUUCAUACAGCAAGAGAGGAAAGAAGGAAGAAGCUUGCACAAGAAUUGCUGAGGGAGCACUGGAAGAGAAACAACACAGAGUUGCGAGAGGUCGAGUCAGCAUUACAUAAAGAUCAUGUUGUCAGCCAGUGGCAGGACCAGAUAUCUGAGAAGAAGCAGAAAGAAGUCGCUGAACAGGAGGAGAAGAAACGAUUUGAAAAUGAAUAUGAGAGAACUCGAAAGGAGGCUCUGGAGAGGAUGAAGCAAGCAGAGGAGAGGAAGAAAGAAGAGGAGUGUAAGAGAAUGGAGGAUCUUCGCAACCAAAUGGAAGAGUUGAAGCUGAGAGAGGAGGAGGCCACCUGUCUAAAAAAGGAGCAAGAGGCUCUGCUGGUCCAGCAGUGGGAGCUGGACAAGAUAGAGGAGCAGAGGAGGAAUGCUGAGGAGAGGCGAAAGAAGUCUAAAAUGAGGCAUUUCUUAAUCCAUCAAUAUCGAGCUCAACUGAAGAGGAGAGCCCAGCAAGUACAGGAGGAACUGGAAGCAGAUCGUAAGAUCCUGGCAGCUUUGCUGGAAGGGGAGCAGGAGGACAGGAGGCUGGAGACAGCACGGAAGCAAAGAGCUAUUGCAGAUGCUGCCUGGAUGAAACGGGUGAUUGAAGAGCAGCUGCAGCUGGAGGCGGAGAGAGAGGCUGAGUUAGACAUCCUACACAGAGAAGAGGCUCAACGUGUAUGGGAGAAACAAGAGGCUCAAUGGGAGAAGGAGAGGAAAGCCCGAGAACGGCUCAUGCAUGAGGUGCUUGCAGGGAGACAGCAGCAGCUGGAGCUGCAAAUGCAGAAGAACCGUGAGGCCCAGGAGGAAUCCCUGAAGAGACGAGAAGAGCUGAUUCAGGAGCUGGAGUUUGAGAGAGAACUCAGACGUCAGGAGAAGGAGCAAGAUGAAGGCCGCAGGACAGCAAGAAUGCAAGAGAUAAAGGCUCAGGUGGAGCAGCAACACCAAGAGCAGUUGGAGGAACAGUGCAGGAUAGUACAGGAGGAAGAGGAGGAGAGAGAAGCACUUAGAGUCCAAGAGGAGGAGCUGAGGCUUGAGAUGCAGAGAAUGGCUGAGAGAGGAUACCAUGAGAAGAUUCAUAGCAGGCCACGAUCAGCCUGGACAUGACCAGUCUGCAAGAAUAAACUCCAACUGAAUUG